AGUCGGCCCUGUUUGUGAAUGAAUGGGGUUCGUCCUGUCAGCUGUCAACGGCGUCGGGGAGCCACUUGACCCCUGCUGCAUCCUUCCACCAGUGGACAAGCCAGGUUGCGGCUCGUGCGCCUCUCUCUGUGUCCAGACCUCUUUGAUGGAGCCGUUCAGUUGCAGGACCAACACUUCUGCGCGCCACUUUUCUUAGCCGCUGCGAAAAGAAAAAAACGUCGCAAAGAUCGGGAAGAUUGUACCCAUUCUGUGCCAUUGCACCUGCCCGAGCCAACAACAACACGAGAAAGAAAAACAACCGAGAAAUCUUUCUAAAAUGGGUGGUGGUAACGGAGCCAAGGCAGCGCAGAAGCGCGCCCGGAACGACAAGAAGGCCGGUUCGAAGGCUGUCUCGCAGCUGAAGACGAACACUGCUGCAAUGAGCAUCAUUUGCAAUCAGUGCAAGCAGACCUUCCUCUCGACUUCUCGCGAACCUCAACUUACCCUUCACGCCGUAAACAAGCACAACGCGACGCUGCCGCAGUGCUUCCCCGAGUUCGCGGCCGCAACCAAAUGAUCGGGUCAGCCACACUGCCGUAGAUUCACGAUUAGACACGAGUUUUACGAGGAAUGGGCGGGGAGUGGGGAGUCUUGGGUUAUUGAGAAGGCGUAGACGGAAGGCGUUGACAGUCGGGUUUCCUAGCGAGUCGACAGUAUCUAGUUGACCUCUUGCAUGUGAUGGGCCAGCGACGGAGUACAGUUACCGAAGAUGCGGAGCCGACAGAGGGUCCAACAUACUCCACCGUGCUAACCAGACCCAAAGUCCGUCGGAGUGUGGUUCAGAGAGAUGCUUGCUUGCUUGCUACCUUGCCUGCCCAUUGCUGUUCCAAAACGCAACCCUCCCAGCCCCAUCUCCCCUCUCCCCUCUAGACACGCUUCUCAAAAGGGCGGCGUCGCACUCACCCAGCAACAGCAGCAGCAGCAGCCGCCUUCCGCUGCUCCUCCCUCACACUCUCCAAAAGAUCCGGAUACCACCUCUCACCCACA